GCGACGGGGUAGGGGGGAGGCCCCGCACGGAGCGAGGGGAGCCGUGAGUUUUAGAAUUCUCCAGCAUGUCUUCCCUAACAGAAAAGGACAGACCAAUUGUUCAUCUGUUACUGAAUGCUGGCACUUGCCCACGGUGUAUUUUAAGGUUCUGCAGUGUGGGAUCACAGAUGCUUUAUAGACGUCCAUACAAGGAUUUGAUGAAGGUUUUAAAAGAAUUUCUGAGAAAUGAUCCCGAAAAAGAAGAUACAGUUUGUUUUGAUGUAGUUGAUCCCCCAUGUAAGAGAAUCAGACUUGAACACCCUGAAGAAGGGCCUGAGGAUCUGAACCACAAUGGAGCGCUCCAGCAGAUUCCUCAGGUUAAUGAUGAAAAUACUGCAGUGGAGAACUCGGCUGUGAAGGUUUGCAAUGUGUGUUUGGGAAUUCUUCAAGAGUUCUGUGAGGCUGACUUUGUUAAAAAGGUGUGCCAAAAGGUUAAUUCUGCUGAUUACCAAUUCACUAGUUUUGUAUUUUCUGUGUCACUACCCCCACAGCUGUCUGUUAGGGAGCGUGCUGCUUGGCUGGUGUUAAAACAGGAAAUGAGAACUCUGGGCCUUUCCUUGGCAAAGGAUGACAUUGUUCAGCUGAAAGAAGCUUAUAAGUGGAUUAUUCAUCCCCAGUUGUCUGAAGAGUUGGGUGUUCCUGCUGAUGGAAAGAGUUUGUUUGAAGUUAGUGUGGUCUUCGCUCACCCAGAAACAGAUGAGGAGUGCCAUUUCCUAGCCACAGCCUGUCCAGACUGUUUCAAACCAGCAAAGAACAAACAGUCUGUUUUCACUAGAAUGGCAGUUAUAAAAGCCCUAGAGAAGAUAAAAGAAGAGGAUUUUCUCAAGCAAUUUCCAUGUCCCCCAAGUUCACCAAAGAACCUCUGUGUUGCUCUGGAAAUUCAGUGCAAUAACGGUGCAGUUUUUGUGGCUGGAAGGUACAACAAAUACUCAAGGAAUUUACCUCAGACUCCCUGGAUUAUUGAUGGGGAGCGGAAGCUGGAAUCCUCAGUGGAAGAGCUGAUUUCAGAGCAUCUAAUGGCAGAAUUCAAAGCAGAUAGCUUUAAUUUUUCUUCCUCUGGAAGAGAAGAUGUGGAUGUAAGAACACUAGGCAAUGGAAGGCCCUUUGCAAUUGAGCUUGUGAAUCCUCAUAGAAUACAUUUUACUGCUGAGGAAAUGAAGAGGCUUCAGCAGACAAUUAAUACCUCUUCAGACAAAAUACAGGUUCGAGAUUUACAGCUUGUCACCAGAGAGGCAAUUGGUCGUAUGAAAGAAGGUGAAGAGGAGAAGACAAAGACCUACAGUGCCUUAAUAUGGACAGACAAAGCAAUACAGAAAGAAGAUAUUGCAUUUCUAGAUGAUAUCAAGGAGUUGAAACUCGACCAGAAGACACCUCUGCGGGUGCUUCACAGGAGGCCUCUUGCUGUAAGAUGUAGGAUCAUUCACACCAUGAGGUCUGAGUACAUAGACGAGCAUCAUUUUCGCCUGCACCUGAAGACUCAAGCAGGAACCUACAUUAAAGAAUUUGUGCAUGGAGACUUUGGAAGAACAAAGCCCAAUAUUGGCUCCCUACUGAACAGAACUGCUGAUAUCCUGGAGCUGGAUGUAGAAUCUGUUGACAUUGACUGGCCUCCAGCCUUGGAUAAUUAACUUUUCAAGCUGGGACGAGGAAGAAGCAGCUCCGCUGUCAGCAGCUGGAUACUGAGGACUGUACAGUAUUAAAGCUUGGUUGCAAACUGAUUUCUGUUGAACAUUUGGAUCAUGUUGAUCUGCCAAAGGAUACUGUUACUUUGAAUCAGCUUUAAACACUCUGAACAGGUAGUGUUGGUUCAAUCUCUAGCCUUAUUUUAAUCGCCUCUGUGGACAAAGGGAUUUUGGUAAGCUACUGUAUUGAUACUAAGUCUUUUUAAAGGAAAACAGUGUAACAUGUGCAAAGGGCGUCCUCAGCAAGUACAUCCAAUGGCCAUUCUGCAAUAGAUUGAAAUGUUUUCAUCAAAAACAACCCUCCCUCAAGCCAGAUUGAUUUAUUUAUUUUAAACUUGUUUUAUAUUGAGUGCUACAGCUUUUGUCAUUCGGAUGCAGGUAGCACAGGGUUACCUGAAACCCAGUCCUAACUUUUCCCAAGUACUGUUUAUGCAGGAAAUCCCCCAGAUUAAGGAGACUGAAACCAACAGUGCCUGGGAGGGAGGUGGUGCCUCACUCUCUGCUAACUGCUUUUUGGGCUGUGCCUGUCAGUUUUGGAGAAGGGCAAUCUGUCUCCCAGACAAAAUACUUUUCAAAGGGAAAACCAGUUUUCAGAGGAAAAAUGCACUUACACCCAAGUUUUCUCAUUUAAAAACAUCGGCAGGGCUUCCUAGAAAAAGAACAGAUGAGGUACUUGAGGCCUCAGCAGCUCUCUGGCCUGGUUACAGUUCUCUUCAGGCAUAGGAUUUCCCCAGUUGAGUCACUAUGUAUAAAAAGAUUGGGAACUCCUGGCAGAGGUACAUAAUGGAAAUGUAAAGAAAAACAGGAAUACCAGGAACCUCAAAGUGCAGGCAAAUAUAAAACAUAGCGAAGAAUGAUGGUACUGAGAGAACAAGACAGAGAGAAAAAGCUUUGGUUUAGUAGCAUAAUACAUUUCUUCUAGUAUCAAACCUUGGAUGGGUGCCUGUAACAGUUGAGCACUGCCUAGGAACUUCCUGGAAUAAGGAAGAUCUGAGGUUUUUUUCUAUGCUUAUUUUAUGUUUCAUGCAAAGCACCACCUACAUCUUUAGGAAAAGCCACUUUUAUGCCUGUGUCAUGUUAAUCCACUGGGAAGAUGCUUCUGCUUACUUGAAGUACAGAAGAGAGUUAAACUCUCAACCAGAAAUUAAGGUUUGGAAUAUAAGGGCUCUUCAUUAAUUAACAUUUCAUAAAUCAAGGUGAUAUUUGCCAAGACAAACCACUGUUUGGGACUACUGAGAUGUUUUACCUUCAUUUCAGUGGUUGCCAGAACCUCAUAACAGAACAGCUGCAGGAUAACUUCAGCUGAAGGCUCAAAAAGGUAUUAAUAAAUACACCUUCAAGGAGCUCCUAAAAACUAACACAAAAAUAAUAGGAACAUGAUUCAGAGAGCAGUAUGUUUUUGUUUUCAGUCUUAAAGCUGUUAUGAGCAACAGAUUCCAGGCAUAGUUGUCUCAGACAAUGAUCUGUACCCAGAAAGGAAGUGUCAUGAAUGAUGGAAAACUUACACUGAAUUUAGAAGACAGACAAAAGAGAAUUGCAGUCUCCUAUCAACAGGAUUUCUUGAAACUCAAAGUGAGCUAAGAUAUGAUUUAUAAAUUCCAUAAACUAAAGGGGAAAAAAUGUAAACAAGACUACACUGUGGACACAACAGGCAUGAGAAGUGCUGUUCCAAGGGGAAAUGGAGCUAACCAGACUGAGGCAGAAAGGACUCCUGCCCUAGUGCAGCUUUCUGCACCAUGCUGUAUGUUAUCCUGGUGACAGUGGAGAUCAUGGUAACAAUCCAAGUGUGGAUAAACAAGGCUAUAAAGGUUAAACUAAAUGUGCUGGGUCUAACCUCUUCUCCAUACAAUGGGGAGAGAUAGAUACACUGAAAAUUCCCAGAUUGUUUAUGAUAAAUGUGAAGCAACCAAAUGAGAGGGAAAAGUCAGCUGAUGAGGCAAAAAUCUCUAAAGCUCUUUAAGUAGUUGUUGUUCAGUGACUAUGUGAAAAUAUGAACAUGAGAACUGUAAUCUGGGGGUUUGAACUUCUGUUUAAAUUCUGAUGUUUCUAAUACAUUUUGAACUAUCAGAAGCUCUAAUGAAUAUUGCCUCAGUAAUAUUACUUAUAGAAUCAUAGAAUGCUUUGGGUUGGAAAGGACCUUAAAGCUCAUCCAGUUCCAAUCCCUGCCACAGCAGGGACACCUUCCACUAGAGCAGCUUGCUCCAGCCCUUGGACACUGCCAGGGAUGGGGCAGCCACAGCCCCUCUGGGCACCCUGUGCCAGCGCCUCAGCACCCUCACAGGGAAGAACUUCUGCCUAAUGUCUCGUCUCAGUCUCCCUUCUUCGAGCUUAAAGCCAAAUGUUGUACUUUGAACAACUUUAAUGUUAAAUACCUACUUGCAAGUACUCAAAUAGGAUGUUUUGUGAGAAAGAAAACCUGUUCAUUAUGUGUGUGUGAGAUGAAAAAGUGUCACAUGAAAAACAGUGGAAAAUUUUAGGUCCUUUUUUCCUUCAGCACCAUCCUUCACACUGGAAGGACUCGGAAUAAAGCUGUUGUAUGUUGUACCAGCUCUAGCUGAGCAUGGAAGUAUUUGACCAAGAAGUCAAUUGCUGUGCCACAGGAAGUGCAAGAUGACCCCUUCCUGCACACACUGCUGAAGGUUUUGUCGUGGCCAGGAGUACCCAUGAGCAGAACAUCCUCUAGAAGGCAACUGAUCACCUACCUUCCUGCCAUUUCUGCUGUGGGGAGGGAUGUCACGAAUCUGAGGCUGCAGAAGCAGAGCACUUGGUAUAACCAGUUUUUUAAUUACCAAACUGACCCGUGUACAAAGGAAAACAGAACUUUGAAAAUAUUUAAUUAUA